CCGACUCGCCGACUCGCGGCGCGCGCGGCGCGCGCGGCGGGCAUGGCGCUCGAGGGCAUGGCGCCCGAGUGCGAAAGCACACCGCUGCUGCGCGCGCCUCCGGCGCGCGCGACGGCGGCGCACGGCGCGACGGGACGCCGACUCGGCGCGAUUCUGAGCGGUGCGCUCGGCGUUUUCGGCGUCGCGUGCGCGAUGAUGGCGUCGCGAGGCGUCGGCGACGCGCGCGCGCGACUGGGCGAAGUGUCAGGGGGUCAGCUGUCGCAACUGGCGGACGUGCCGUGCCUGGCGGCGUGCGAAGCGGGACCGACGCGCGAGGCGGUUGCGAGGCUCGCGAACGGCACGGGGACGUGCGAGACGGUGAACUCGGUCUCGGCGAGCGAUUGCUUCGCAAAGUGCGAUUGCUUCGGAAAGGUUGAUUUUAACGAGCGACGAAAGGUGCUGUGCGCGACGAAUGUCGGCGAAGACGCGACGCACGCGACGAUGGACGACGAACUCUGGACGACGAAGAUCAACGCAAAGUUGAAGGCGGAGUGCUCAAGCGACUACCAGGCAACCGGCGAACGAACGGACGAGGAGAUUCAAGGACAUGAAGUCGUAGGAAAUGAACUCGAUACGACGCAGGCAUCGACGAAUUCGACGAAUUCGACGUCUCGACUCGGUGCGAAACUGUUUCCGCGUGGAUACUCGGAUGUCGAGCGAGCGAUGAUGGCGUCGGCGGCGGCUUUGGGCGAGCAAGAUGUUUGGCGUGGGCACGUCGUAAACGGCAGACACACGUUUCUGGCGCCUCUCCCAAACGCGCACGAGAGAGCUCCUGAUCGUGACCCGAUCACUUUCAAAUUAUAUACGCAGUGCAAGACACGGGAAGUGAAAGUCGCCGGCGGAGAAUUCUGGUUUUCCGCGCCCAAGGCGGCGUACAUCGUCAGGCACAAUUUCGAGUCAGAUAAAUUCUUCACCAAAAAAAACCGCAUUAAGAUGGAACGCAAGGAACUUUCGGACGGACUCUACGGAUACGAAGUGACAACAUCGCAUGUGGAUUUCGAAUACGGCUUUGAACUUGAGAACGCCGCGGGGAAUUCUUACAAAGACAUCGGCGCAAGCACCACCCUGCGCCGAGAGAGUUGCGUUCAGCGGUAUGGGGAGUUCUUCAAUCGCGUCGUGACGCUCAAUCGGGGUCAAUCAACGAUCGGAGCCGUCUUUGGCGACUGCGAUAGCGUGUGUCCCGAGGACUACGUGGACGAAGCCUACUGUCGACAGCCGUUCACGGGUGAACCUGGAACGUCUGAGGCCGAUCCCAUGGAUCUUGGUUUGGUGGACGACGCACGUCUCAUCAAUAUGGCUUCCGCCUUAUUAUAUUCUACGAGUGAGACGGUCAUGAAUCCGAGUGGACGAGCGGAAACAUUCCGCCAAGAUGCCGGUUCAAAAAGUGAACAAAAAUGGAUCAUCGCCGCGAGCGAUUACUACCGCGCUUACAUAAAAAUGGUCCAGAUAACCAUUCGUCGUGAUCCCGCGAGCGGACGGGCUUCGGCUUGGAUCUCUGGCAAGCGCCGUUACACGCUGCGAUCCGGCGCCGGUUACGAAUACGGUACUUCUAACGUUGGGCAAAUCAGCGGCACCGGCUGCGGACGACAAUACUGCAACACAGCCAGGUACGACAUUCCGUCUUUCUACGAGCAAGGCGUGGAGACGACCGCGUUUACCGCGUCACUCACUCGCAUGGAAUACACGAAACUGUCUCUCGGCGAUGCUCCACCGACAGGUCACAACGUCUUGUUCGAGCCAAACUUUUUGACGUCUCCGCAAAUGAUUCUUGCCCCGGGCGCAUGGGGCGAAGAUAUGGAUGUGCGCCGCCUCAUCUUGAAGAACGGUGUCAUGUGCGGUAGAUCGAUCCACUCUUCCAACUGCAUGUUUGGAAAGGCGUUCGCCCUAAAGGACACCGUUUCCGGGUACUCAGGCCCGUCCAAGACGAGAAAAGAUUGGCUCUUCAUUGUUGUCGAGCACGUGUAUUUCAAGAUGAUUCGCGUCGCCAUCACCCUCGGAGACGACAACGCCGUGAACGCUGAAGUCAUCGCAGCUGGAUACGUCAGUCAUAUUCGAGUCGCGACUGAUCUUCAGACGAGCGAUUCCAUGGCGUACGACGGCUCGGCGAAAUGGAACGUGCGAAGCUUCAUGUACAUCGCCUCCAAUUUCGCCGCCGAAGGAUACGGAUUGGGCGGAUUCAAGUUUGAUUUGGCGGCCGAGAUGUCCGCAUCCUUGCGCGCCGUCGACUGCGGCGCAUAAUUUGGCAU